AUGAAACAAGAAGAGACAGAAAGCAUCUGCCUCACUUGUCACUGUCGCAAAACCUUUCCGUGGGCCAACUGCAAGUUGCCUUUCCCACAAGGCUAUGGGGUCGAGCUGGUCGAGAAAUGGUUUGCCAGUGCCGAGGCCGGCGGCUGCUCUCUUUGUCAACUUGGAGCAGCAGUCGCAAAGGACGCCAUAAGCAAGUACGGCUAUGACGAUGCUUUCGCUCUGGCGUCCAUGUUCGACAACGAAAUUGACAGUGUCAUCCAGUUGACACUGACGCUCAACUGCGGCAGUGAUGAGAACAUGACCAACCAAGUCCGGAUGGUCAUUCUCGCACGGGACGGAAGUCUCAUUGGUCAGUCUUCUUUUGGCAAAUUUCGUUCGAUUCUUCGCAGCUGA